GGGAUUUAAAUUUUGACAUCUUGUGAACUUGACUUUAUUUUUAUGUGUAAUUUAAUUAUUUAUUUUAAUACAAUUUUAAUUAAGAACAAUUAAUUUAAUAAGACUCUACAUGAUGAAGAAUUGUUGAAAACUAUUAAUUUUUUGCAAUUAUAUAUAAGUAAUUAAAUAUAUCCAAGUGCGAGUGAAAGUUUAAAUUUUGAGGUUAUGCUCUCAGUUUACGAUAAAAAUGGAAGAUAAACAUUGUCAAUAUUUUGUUAAACGAAAGAAACGUUACUGUCGAAUGACAGUAAAAAAGAAUAAUCAAUUUUGUGGCGAACAUCAGCCAAAUCAAAAUGAAAUAGUACAAGAUUUAUCUAAAAAACGAAGAAUAGUGUGUCCUCUUGAUUCCAAACACACUUGUUAUGAGAAUAAAUUAGCAAAACAUUUAAAAGUUUGUAAUGCUAAAGUAAAAGUCGAUUCUUUGCCUGCUUAUAUUAUAAAAGGAAUUAAUUUGGGUGACAUAGAUUUAAAACAACCGACUCAUAUUCGACUUUCUUUAAUUGAUUCGUCAAUAGUAAAUACUGUUAUAGAUAAAAUUAAUUCUGCUUAUGUUCAUUUACCGAAAAUUUCAGAAAUAAUUUUAAGUCACGAUGUACUCACAGAAGAAUUAAAUAAUCCCACUUAUGGACAUGGAGCAAAGAGACAUUUAUUACAAACUGCCUCGUUAUUAGGUCAUUUAGAGAAUUCAAAAUUAAUUCAAAAUAACACUUGUUUUAUUGAAUUUGGCGCUGGAAAAGGAAAAUUAACUUAUUGGUUGGCACAAGUGAUUAAAGGACAAAGUGAAUCUUCUCUUUUACUUGUUGAUCGUUCAAGUCAUAGACACAAAAAGGAUAAUAAAUUAAAAAACGAAGAUAAUCCACUAAAUGUAAAACGCAUACGUGUUGAUAUUGCUGAUUUAAAAUUAAAUAAAGUCGAAGAUAUAGGAGAGAAUUGUUCAAUUGUUGGAGUUGCAAAACAUCUUUGUGGUUCUGCGACAGAUUUGACAUUAAGAUGUUUAAUAUCAGCGAAAGAAGAUGACAAAUCAAUACGAAAAAUUAGUGGACUUAUUAUUGCAUUUUGUUGUCAUCAUCGUUGUGAAUAUUCUUCAUAUGUUGGUAAAAAAUAUUUAGAAUCGUGUAAUUUUUCUGCUGAUGAAUUUCCAAUUCUUUGCAGUAUUGCAAGUUGGGCGACAUGUGGUUUUGAAAAAAAUGCCAAAAUAAAUAAUCACGAGGACACUAUUGAACAACAAGAAAAAUUAGAGAACGAUUUGAAAACUUUCAAGGAACGAGAAGAAAUGGGUAGAAAAGUGAAAAUGCUCUUAAAUUGGGGUCGUGUGGAAUAUUUAAAGAAUUCUGGUUUCAAUUGUCAAUUAAUUUAUUAUACAUCAGUGGAUUUUUCAUUGGAAAAUGUUUGCAUCAUUGCAAAAUUGUGCAAUUAAUUUUUGUUUGCAACCAAAAAGAAAAUUUUUUAUUAAGUAAGCGUUUUCAAUGAUCGGUGAUAAAGUUCUUUUUGAAUGAAGUCACCGUUCUAGCAGCCAGCGGACUGAAAGAAGCAUAUGACGUUCCAUUCCCCACUCAGUUAUAAAAUCCGCCCCGCCCAAUACAAGUUGUGGAAUGUAGUGGUCUCACCAAACAAUUUAGAAAUAUUAAUUUAAAACUUAUUUAAAAAUUAGGCAAAUAAUGUCAAAAUUUUUUUGUGAAUUCAAAUUAUAUUAUAGUAGAAUUUUUUAAACAAAUUU